UCUCAUACAAAUCUAUCGCGACCAGCAGAUUUUUAGUACCCCUAAAUUAGCACCUUCUGUUGGAGAUCUAGACGCUACUCUCUAUGUUUUACAAUAACUGUUUUUAUUUGUCUACUUAAACGCUACCUAAACGCAUGUGCUGUACAUGCUUUUAGUGGAAAGACCGUACUCCACCUUUGAAUUUCAUGUCAAAGGAUACCAGAUUGUUUCUCUGUUUUCCAAUUUUUCUUAGGUCCGUCCAAGAAUAACACCGGUGACAAAUUAGUCGGAGUAGAGUUUACCUAUUGUUCUGUAACAACGAUUCACUAAAUCGGGACUCCGCGGGUCCUCACCUCAGCUGCCAGUUAGUUACUCUCUCAGUUUUACAAAAGUUGGCAUGAUUUUGAAUUAGACCUAGUUUUAAGCCUGAGCCCUGCCAGUUGACUUAAUCAGUUGAGCAUACAAAUCACUUUGCUGAAUAACUACUCAUAAAUUCGUAAAAAUGAGAACAAUACCCGGCAGAGAAAUCGAAACCCCUCGCGCCACGGCGCCAUACGCCCCGCGCCUCGCUGGAGACCUCGUCGCCGCCGGCGCCAUCACCUCACCGCUCCUCCCAACCAGUCCUACUCCUACACGCGUUCCCCCAUGGCGGGAGCAGCUCAUGCUCCGGGGCGUCGCCGUCGCGGCGGCGCUGGGGUCGCUGCUGUGCGUGGUGAUCCACCGCCUCAACCUCACCGUCGGGGUCAUCCCGGCCCUCAACGUCGCCUCCGGCCUCCUCGCCUUCUUCCUCACCACGGUGUGGCGGGCCGCCGCCGAGUGGCUAGGGUUCGGCCGCGGGAGGCCCUUCACCAGGCAGGAGAACACCGUCAUCCAGACCUGCGCCAUCGCGUGCGGCAGCCUCGCGUUCAGCGGGUGCUCGGCUUCCUAUAUCUUUGCGAUGGACAGGAAGACGUAUGAGCUUCUAGGACCUGAAUAUCCGGGUAACAGAGUGGAAGACGUUAGGAAUCCUUCUAUCGGUUGGAUCAUCAGUUUCCUCUUCCUCGUUGCUCUCCUGGGGCCAUUUGGUAUUGUCAUGCUACGAAAGGUAUUGGUGAUUGAUUACAAGCUUGCAUUUCCUGGUGGAACAGCUACAGCUUUGAUGAUUAAUAGCUUGCAUGGAGAAACAGAAUCUGAUCUUGCAGGAAAGAAAGUUCAUUGCCUUGUAAAAUACAUGAGCUUUAGUUUCGGCUGGAGCUUCUUUAAGUGGUUCUUUAGUGGUGUUGGUGACUCCUGUGGUUUUGACAAUUUCCCAAUAUUUGGAUUUCAAGCUUUCAAAAAUACGUUUUAUUUCAACUUCAAUCCCAGUUAUGUUGGGUAUGGUCUUAUUUCUCCCCAUAUCGUUAACUGCUCAGUGUUUCUUGGGUCAGUCGUUUCUUGGGGUCUUCUUUGGCCAUUUAUCAGUAGGCAAGCUGGUGAUUGGUAUCCAGAAAACCUUACUAGCAGUGACUUCAGAGGACUAUAUGGUUAUAAGGUUUUCUUGGCUAUCUCUAUCAUACUUGGAGAUGGCCUCUACAACUUGGUUCGAAUCUUUUUUGUCAUUGCAAGGGAAAUAUGGUAUGUGCAGCCAAAACGAAGUAAUCAUCCUGUUCAAGCUCUUCAAGAUAACAAGGGCUCUAAACAAUUAAUGGAUGAGAAGCUUCAAACAGAGAUAUUCCUUAAUGAUAGCAUACCCACAUGGUUUGCUGUUUCUGGUUACAUUGUACUUGCAGCAAUAUCCGCCGCGGCUGUGCCCAUCAUAUUUCCCCAGCUGAAGUGGUAUCUUGUCCUUGCCUGCUACUUCCUUGCUCCUGUCAUUGCAUUCUGCAACUCAUACGGGAUGGGCCUUACGAACAUGAACCUCGCGCCUACCUACGGAAAGAUUGCCCUCUUCAUAUUUGCCUCGCUCGUCGGAAGCAGCAAUGGUGGUGUCAUUGCUGGCCUUGCAGCAUCCGGUAUAAUCAUGUCCAUAGCCUGCUCUGCGGCGGAUCUGAUGCAGGACUUCAAGUGCGGCUACCUCACACUUUCCUCACCGAAGUCAAUGUUUGUCUCCCAGCUGACCGGAGUCGCACUCGGAUGUGUUAUUGCUCCACUCACGAUGUGGCUCUUUUGGACGGCCUUUGACAUUGGCAACCCUGAGGGUGAGUACAAGGCCCCGUUUGCCAUCAUCUUCAGGGAGAUGGCCAUUCUCGGGGUCGAAGGCUUUGCUGCGCUGCCCAAGCACUGCCUCAAGAUCUGCUGUGCGUUCUUCUUUGCUGCAUUGGCCGUCAAUCUCCUGAGGGACGUGACGCCCGCCCGUGUGUCGAGGUUUAUCCCCAUACCAAUGGCAAUGGCGCUGCCUUUCUAUAUCGGUGCAUUCUUCGGCGUUGACAUGUUUAUCGGUACGGUGAUCUUGUUCGUGUGGCAGAAGAUCGACAGGAGGGAUGCUGACGAGUAUGCGGUGCCAGUGGCGUCCGGGCUGAUCUGUGGGGAUGGGAUAUGGAGCAUUCCAUCUGCUGUUCUAUCCAUCCUAAGAAUUAACCCGCCACUCUGCAUGUCCUUCAGGCCGUCUUCUGCUUCCAGGUGACAAGAUGGAUCCAAGGUUCGCUCUAGCCUCUAGGCCAUGGGUUUGUGCCACUGAGUGAUGAAUCUGUGUAAUUGCAUACAUACAACGUAGAUAUGUGUUGUGUAUCCAGUAUUCAUAUGUGUACAAUUUUACCAAAAAAGAAACAGAAAGAUAAGCCACUGGAGCCAUUGCCCCUGAUGAACUGCAUGAAACACUGCGUUACACA